UGUGAUGUGUUUGUGUUUCCUCAGUGUUUUUCUCUCUUGCGUGUUUCAUUGAGUGUAAACAGAGUCUUGUCUCUGUGUAUUUAAGUGUUAAGACGUUGAUGAUGAGAUGUGCUGUAAAUCAUUAUGAACUGAUCUGUCAAUGCUGGAUAUAUUGAUGAUUUCAUCACAGAAGUCUCUCAGCUGAAGAAAGAGGUGGCGUUACUGAAGACAAAGCUGAGGUCAAGAGGAGAUUUAACAAUGAAACGAGAGGAUGUGGAUUGUUGUGAAUCUUCAGUAUAUGUGACUGAUGAUGUGAGUCUGGAUUCAGUGUGGAUGAGCAGAGAUCAGAGCCGCACACCACAGACACUGCUGGACUCUAAACUCUCUGAAGAGAAAUCCAGACACACACAGGACUCCGAUCUCAGUCUGACUUUACUCUGUUAUACUGAGUCAAAGCUCACAGACACUCAGGACACUACAGUGUGUGACAGUAAACAGAGCUUACAGGAGGAUCAAACCUCCACAGAGUCUCUGGAUUCUGUCUGUAAUGCUGGAGAACAGCAGCAGAUCCUGCAGACCAAACUGAAGAUGUGUUCAGUUAAACUCAUCAACUGCACGAACCUCAUGAUGAAGAUUAAAACUGAACCCACAGAAAUCAAAACUGAACCCACAGAAAUCAAAACUGAACCCACAGAAAUCAAAACUGAAACUAAAGAAAUCAAAACUGAACCCACAGAAAUCAAAACUGACCCUAAAGAAAUAAAAACUGAACCCACAGAAGAGAAUGAUCGCACUGAUGAAGAUGAUGAUUUUAUUCCAUCAGAUGUCAAGAGUGAUUCAUGUUUGGAUAUAGAAAUAACGUCCUCAACAUCAAAAGAGCGACUGACAGCACAAACUCUUUCCUGCAUCACCUGUGGAAAGACAUUCAGCUCACAGAGACAUUUAGAGAGACAUGAGAGAAAACACACAGAACAGAAACUCUUCACCAGAUCUGAGAUCAGCUUUACUACCUUACAAGAGAAGAAACUUCAUUUAGAAGACCACAGAGAGAAGAAGAAGAAGAAGAAGAAGCAGUUUCACUGUGAGCAGUGUGGGAAGAGUUUUGUUUCUUCCUCUAAUCUAAAUGUUCACAUGAGGACACACAGUGAUGAAAAGCCUUUCAACUGCACUGAAUGUGGAAAUUACUUCAGAACCAAAGACAAUCUUAAAGUUCAUCAGAGAGUUCACACAGGAGAAAAACCUUACGAGUGUCCUCACUGUGAGAAGAGAUUUAGCUGUAAAUAUAAUCUGAAGACACAUGUGCUUUUACACACCAAUGAGAGACCGUAUCAGUGCAGUGAAUGUGACAAAACCUUUAGGGAUUCAGGUUCAUUAAAAAAACACCAGAAUACUCACAUUAAAGAGAAACUCUAUCAGUGUUCACACUGUGAUAAAUGUUACGGUUAUAAAUAUCAGCUGAUAAUCCAUCAGAGAGUUCACACCAGAGAAAAAACUCAUUACUGUAGUGUCUAUGGGAAGAGUUUUAGACAACAUGAAAGUUUAGUGACACACCUGAGGACUCAUACAGAUAAAAAACCUUUCAAAUGCUCUCAGUGUGACAAGAUGUUUGCUUAUUCAGGUCACUUAAAAGUCCAUCGGAGAGUUCAUACUGGAGAGAAACCUUAUAUCUGCUCUCACUGUGGAAAGAGCUUCUCUAAUUCAUCUAAUUUUAGAGUUCAUCAAAGGGUUCAUACUGGAGAGAAACCUCAUCACUGUAGUGUCUGUGGGAAGAGUUUUAGUGUAAAGUCUACAUUAUUAAAGCACAAGAGACUUCAUACAGGUGAAAAACCUUUCAAAUGCUCUCAGUGUGACAAGACGUUUACUUGUUCAAGUAACUUAAUAGUUCAUCAGCGAGUUUACACUGGAGAGAAACCUUAACACUGUAGUGUCUGUGGGAAGAGUUUUGGACAAUGGGUUUCAUUUCUAAAUCACAAGCGAAUUCAUACAGGUGAAAAACCUUUUAAAUGCUCUCAGUGUGACAUGACGUUUACAAAGUUAAGUAACUUGAAAGUCCAUCAGAGAGUUCAUACUGGAGAGUAACCUUAACACUGUAGUGUCUGUGGGAAGAUUUUUAGUCAACAGUCAAACUAACUUAUGCACAAGAGACUCCAUACAGGUGAAAAACCCUCAGUGUUCACUGUUAGUCAUGUUAUCAUUUAUUUUAAAAAAUUAAAUAUCAAAACUGA